AUGGACUCCAUCAAGAAGAACCUCGAAAACGCCAAGAACAAGGGCCAGGAUUACUAUAACCAGAUGAUGGGGCAGCAGCAGAACUCCGAUGCCUCCCAGUACGCUCAAGACGCCAAGAACAAGGCCAACGAGGGCAUGGAUAAGACCAAGCAGACGGCUAAGGAUUAUAUGCCCAAUCAGGCGGGGGAUCAUUAA